AUUUAUUAAUACUUUAGCGUUCAGCUAUUUUUUGAGAUCUUACCAGUGAUCUCGUUUGAAAACUAUUGGUUGGAAACUUUUCAUUUGCAAUUAAACCCGGAAAUUUCACAAAACGACGCAGAAUUAUAUAACAAUUUACUCUAAUCAAUUGUGUAAGACAAAUAAUGGACAAUAAUUCAUCAGAAAAAAACGCCUUCGUCAUGGGCUUCACUGGCGGUAUUGGACAAGAAGUACUAAAAGCUUUAGCAAGAGAGAAGUUGUUCGCCAAGGUUGUUCUUAUUGGUAGAAGAAAAGUUGAAUUUGAUGACGAAGAAUUAAAAACUUGGGAGCAAAGAAUAGUCGAUUUUGACAAUCUAUCAAAACACACCGAAGACUUCAAAGACUUGCACGUGGGAUUCUGUUCACUUGGAACUACAAGAGCGAAAGCUGGCAAAGAAGGAUUCUAUAAAAUUGAUCACGAUUACGUUUUGGAAUCGGCUAAAUUGGCAAAAGAUGGUGGGUGUGAAGAAUUUCACUACGUAAGUUCAGCUGGUGCAGACAAGAGUAGCAUGUUUUUCUAUUUGAAAACUAAAGCAGAGAUUGAGGAUGACUUGUCCAAGGUUGGAUUUAAUAGGCUGAGUAUAUAUCGGCCCAAAAUGCUUUUGGGAAAGAGAGAUGAGGCGAGAAUGGGCGAACGCGUUGCGAAAUUUCUUCUAAAGCCGAUUGUUGCUCUGUCACCAACUGCUCUUAGCGUACCAAUGGAAGAUGUAGCUAAAGCUAUGCUAAAUAACUCAAAGAAGUCUAUUAACGAGUCAGUAGAAAUACUAGAUAACGUUGCUUGCCACAACUUAAGUAAAGAAGGAAACAGUAAAUAAAACAAUGUCAUUAGUAAGAGAUGCAACAGGAAUACGGCUGCUUUCAACAUUUUCUGUAUAUUAAUUAUGCAUAGUGUUCUAUAUCGAUUAACAGAAUAAAUAUGACUAUCCCUGCAAAAAAGAAAAAAAAUAAGAGAUGCUAUUUGUAUUAAUCUACAUAUUUUUUCCCUUUCCCCUUAUCUCCUAAUUGUUCUUUAUUCUUUUUACUAUCAAUUUUUUUCUCUAUACGCCGCUUAAAAGAAGAGAUAGAAGAGAAGAAGAGCCAACUAUAAAAAGAUGCAAAAUUGUUGUACUAUUUUAAUUUUCUUUAUAAUUCGAUAUCAAAUAAAUAACUUGAUAUAACUU